UGGGCUGUCACCCUGCGGUUCUCUGGGUAAGAGAGCUGAGGUGCACAAUCAGGCCGAGCGUUUUGAUUGCAGGGACAGAUUUCAAACCGAGAAGUUCACGGACAUCAUUUCUGAAGCCAGGACACGAUCAGAGACGAUUCCUUACUCACGAUCAAUUAUAUAGGCGAAAUUACACCUGCUUCGUUGUCAAACUGUAAUCUAGGAAUUCUCACGUCGGCGUAAGAUUCGUGGAGGAAGGAUUUUGGUCUGCAGUGAAGGAUGAACUCGAUACGGCAGGUGCCAUCACGGGUGAAGAGUAAACUGACGGAAACUAGUUUAGGAGACGAAAGGGAGCGCUUCGACAAGCAGCAGCUCAACAGCAUCAGUAAAGCCAUCAACUCCUCCGAGACACCAGUAAAGGAGAAACAUGCCCGCAGGAUUAUCUUGGGAACUCACAGGGAAAAGGGGGCAUACACGUUCUGGUCCUAUGCUAUUGGACUGCCUUUGUCUAGUAACCCCAUUCUUAGCUGGAAGUUUUGUCAUGUUUUACAUAAAGUUCUACGUGAUGGCCAUCCAAACACACUACAAGACUGCAUGAGACAUUACAGUAACAUUGCGGAGACUGGAACACUAUGGGGUACCCACAGAGAUAAAUAUGGAUAUGGACAGCUUGUUUCUCAAUAUACCAAGCUCAUCUGCACUAAAUUGUCAUUCCAUACUACACAUCCUGAAAUCCGAGCCAACCUGGAAGCCUCAGAUGAAGUCCUGGAGCGCACAGCAGGGACAGACAUUAACAAUGUUUUCCAGCUCACAGUCGAGGUGUUUGAUUACAUGGAUACAGAGCUUCGUCUUGCUGAGAUGGUCCUACGACACCUCAAUACCUCCAUUGCCAUCUCAACCUUGCCAGCAGGGCAGUGUAAACUAGCACCACUUAUUCAGGUCAUCCAGGACUGUAGUCACUUGUAUCACUACACUGUCAAGCUGCUAUUCAAGUUACAUGCCUGUUUACCGGCUGAUACACUCCAGGGCCAUCGUGAACGGUUCCAUGAUCAGUUCCACAGUCUCAAGACAUUUUUUAAUAAGGCAAGAGACAUGAUGUACUUCAAAAGGCUUAUCCAGAUUCCAAGGCUACCUGAUUCCCCUCCAAACUUCCUUCGGGCCUCUGCCCUAGCAGAGCAUGUGAAGCCCAUGGUUAUUAUUCCAGAUGAGGAGGAGCCUGAGGAAGAUGAUGAGCCUGAACCGCUAAUAGAUGUCAGUGAAGCUUCUCCAGUCAGCAUGGCUUCCCAACCACAGGUUGACAUAUUUGAUCAGACAUUUGGGCCACCAAAUAAUGGCUUUGAUGACAGGGACCUUCAGAUUGAAAGGUUGAAGCAUGAAAUUGAGCUACUUCGAGCUGAGGUUGAGAGGAUCAAAGCUGAGGCUCAACGCUACAUCACUCAACUGAAAUCUCAGAUCAACAGUUUAGAGGCAGAGCUGGAGGAGCAGAGAGUGCAAAAACAGCGUGCCCUUGUAGAGAAUGAGCAGCUACGUAUGGAACUGGCGGCUACUCAACGACGCAAUGCAGAACAUGAGAUGACGCAAGCUACGUUUCUGGAAGCUGAGAAGAGGUCUCAAGCUACAGAGCUACGCUAUAACAAGCUAAAGGAGAAGCAUGCAGAGUUGGUAGCCAACCAUGCAGAGUUACUUAGGAAGAGUGCAGACACAGUGAAGAUGUUGUCAGCUACACAGCAGACCCAGGAGGAGGUGGCUAGAACUAAACAACAGUUAUCAUUUGAAGUGGAGAGGAUCAAACAGGAGUCUGACAUGAAGCUAGAGGAGCAAAAGUUUGAAAUGGAUAAAUUGAGACGAGAUUUGGAGGAGAAGAUUGGAGAGAUCCAAGCAAUAAAAGGGAUAUUACAGUCUAGUGAAAAGGGCAGUGAGCAGUUGAGCAACUCCAUAACUUUGAUGCAGACAGAAAAGGAGCGCCUGAUGCGCAAUGUGAGUGAGAAGGAGGCCGAGCUAUCCUCUCUGAAGCAGGCAGCCCAGCUGAAGGAGUCCUCUCUCCAGCAAGAGAGGGAAAGGAGCAACAAGGAGCUGGGACAACUCCAGGGAAAACUGAGAGAGAAGCUCAACCGUGAGGAGCAGUUGCAGCAGAAGUUGCUUGAUGAGCAGUUUGCCCUGUUGCAUGGUACAGUAACUGAGGCAGAAAUCAUCAUUGAGGAUGCUGUGGCCAAAGUGGAUGAUCCUUUGCAUAUCCGCUGCACUAGCUCCCCAGAUUACCUUGUCAGCCGUGCAGAAGCCGCACUGGACUCGGUGACUAAAAUGCAAGCUGGCCACUACCACUAUGUGAAGAAUAUGGAAGAUGCUGGGCCUCUGCUGAGGGCUCUGACUCAGUUUUCUCACCUUACUGCUGACACCAUCAUCAAUGGGAGCGCAACUGCGCACAUGGCACCUGUAGAUCUUUCUGAUCGAUUGAUGGAGAACUGCAGGGCAUGUGCUACUCAAAGCUUAAACUUUCUACAAGACCUGAAGUCUAAAGUUUCCAUAAAGAGUGCUGAUCCAGCGUCUGUUCGUGUUGUGAUUCAGAAGGUCUUGCAAAUUGCACAGGACCUAAGGCCUAAAGGAGUAGAUGUUGGAAGGGACGAGCUUGGAGACAUGGUAGAUAAAGAAAUGGCUGCCACUUCUGCUGCUAUAGAAGAAGCAGUGAGGAGAAUAGAUGAGAUGAUGAAUCAGGCCAGAAGAAACACUGAAGGAGUCAAGCUGGAAGUGAAUGAGAGAAUACUGAAUAGCUGCACUGACCUCAUGAAGGCUAUCCGUCUCCUGGUGUUGACAUCCACAGACCUGCAGAAGGAGAUUGUAGAAAGUGGAAGGGGUGCAGCAACAAUGAAGGAAUUUUAUGCAAGAAACUCUCGCUGGACUGAGGGUCUCAUAUCUGCUGCCAAGGCAGUAGGCUGGGGGGCAACGCAGAUGGUUGAUUCUGCUGAUAAAGUGGUGUUACACACGGGCAAGUAUGAAGAGCUUAUUGUCUGUUCUCAUGAAAUCGCUGCCAGCACAGCACAACUUGUUGCAGCUUCCAAGGUAAAGGCAGAUCGUGGCAGUAAAAAAUUGGUGAGUCUUCAGCAAGCCUCUCGCCAUGUGAAUGAGAUGGCUGCAAAAGUGGUAGCUUCCACCAGGACUGGCCAGGAACAGAUUGAGGAUAAAGACACUAUGGACUUUUCUGGGAUGUCUCUGAUCAAGUUGAGGAAAGAGGAAAUGGAGUCCCAGGUGAAGGUCCUGGAGUUUGAGAGCAUGCUUGAAAAUGAGCGCCUACGACUUGGAGAGCUACGUAAAAAGCACUAUGAGAUAGCAGGGGUUCCACUGGAACAGUUAGAGCAAGUUGAAGAUGCCCUCUCUUCAACAUUCCCCUCUUCCCCCAAACCCUCCAAACCUUCAUUAAUGAAGAAACCAGCCCUUGCUCAGAAACCAAACAUUCCUACAAAAAACAUGUUCAGGUAAAUAUCCCUUGGACGAACCUCAUCAAAACUGGAUCUGAAAUUGCUGGACAACCUUCUGUAAAACAGGGUUUUUAAAACUUGUACCCCCCCCCCCCCCCCUUCUCUCUAAUUCUUUUAUGUUUUAACAAAUGAAACAAGUUAAUUAUCAGCCUUUAUUAAGUACUGAGAAAAUAUAUUUUUUAAAUCUGAGCGGCAAACUAGUGAUGCAUAUCUGAUCCUGUAGAUUUUCAGGUAUUAAUAACAAUCAAAAACAGUCCUGUCUGAAAUAAUUCAAAUAAUUCAAAUUCAAAUUUUCAUUUGAAAUUCUGCUUGUAAGUCAAAGAUGUUAUAACAAGGCAAAAAACAUUCUAGUGGAUGCAGGGGUAGCUGGCCUCUGGGCCUGUAAUGAAGGAAGCCUGUUAAUACUAGAAAAUGCUUUUCAAUUUAGUUUAUUUUUAUUUGUUAAUUUUUUUUUGUUCUAUGGUUUGUCUGUUUUUUUAUUAUUAUUUGGGGUUGGUGUUUGUAGGGUAGACAUCACUUAUAACUGUCUUAUUUAUAAUAUUUGAAUUGAAUCAACAUUAUUAGACUGAAAGUAAUAAACCUCAUUAAUUAACAGCUAAUGUCUUUGUUAAAAGUCAUUAUUUAAAGCCCAUGUCAACUCAGUUUCAUAAUUAGCACCAUUAGCUUUAUAUAUAUAUAUA